UGCCCCUCUGUGGUGGUCACCGCCUGCCCGCCCGCCACGCACGUGGAGUGCGGCGCGAGAACUACGCGAUGAGUGCCAAGCGGCCGGCGGACGGCGACUUACGAGAACCAGAGGCGACCACCACCACCACCACCCCCGCCGCGAACAACAACAAUGACAACAACAACAACGACAACAACAACAACGCCAAGAGGAGGAGGGAGGAGGAGGAGGCGGGAGACGAUGGGAGGGAGGAGGCGAGAAGCGAGUUGGCCUCGCUGAGCGAGAGGAUUCUGAGCUCGGCGGUGCGGAGCCGGGUGAGCGCGGCGUGGAGAGAUGGGGCCCCUCUUGUUGAAGACACGGGGCUGGCGGUGUGCCCCGGCCCGUUCCCGCACACCGUGAUCCCCAACUUCUUGCAAGACGAGGACGGCUUCCUGGGGCGACUCCAGAGAGAACUUCUCGCCCUCGACUUCCACCACAAGUCCAACGACCUUUACAAGUUCCAGCAGUCGGAUGACUUGAAGGAGAGGCAAGAGUCAUGCAUCUCUGCACUAAGGACGGUGCUCUACCAGGAUUUCCGCGCAUGGCUGUCGGAAGUUCUCGCUGUGGAGCUCGAGGACACUGUGGACAUGUUUUGUGCCAAGUACGACUACACAGACGUGCUGCUGUGUCACGACGACGAGCUGGAGGGCCGACGCGUCGCCUACAUCCUCUACCUGGUGCCGGACUGGAGCGAGGGGGACGGUGGUGCCCUGCAGCUCUUCAGUGUGGAUGAAAACAUGAAUCCGCUCGGUGUGGUCAAGUCACUGGUACCUGCUUGGAACACGCUGGUUUUCUUUGAAGUGUCGCCCAUGUCCUACCACCAGGUGUCCGAGGUGCUCUCACAGAGUAAGCGCCGUCUGUCAGUGGGCGGCUGGUUCCACGGCCCGAGCUUGCCUCGCCUCAAGCGCUCGCUGCACAUUCCGCUCGCUCUCACGCCGCACCUCCCUCGCGACGAGCAGGUGCUGCUGGAGUGGCUGAACCCGCUGUACCUAGACAUGGAGACGCAGGCCUCCAUCCAGGACCAGUUCCAGCGCGAGUCCGAGAUACAGCUCAAGGGCUUCCUGCGGGAAGAGAAGUUCAAGGCUCUGUGUGAUGCGGUGAGAGAGUCUACGAUCGAGUGGGAGAGGCGAGGGCCACCGCACUACAGGAGCUACGACGCUGCGGCUGAGCGCUUGCUGCCGGCGCCGGUGUGCGAGUGUCUGGAGCUGCUUCGCUCCGAGGCGCUCUUCCUGCUGCUCGCAAACUUCACGGGGCUUAAACUGCACUUCCUGGCGUCGGGGGACUCUGGCUCCGAGAGCGAUGACUUGGAGUCCCAGGAGGAUGGCGAGUCGGGGGGAGAAGGCAACGGUGAGCACCAAAACAGGCAAAGAGAGGAGGGGGGCUCUCAGAGGGUGAAGAAGAGCUCCGCCAAGGGAGACGGCGAAGAGAGCGAGGGAGGGAGCGAAGACGAGCUCGGUGCCGCUGGAGAUGACGGUGAUGAUGCAGAGAGGACGACGGGCGGGUCCCCGGCCCCCGGUGGAGCAACGGCGUCACGGGAGGGAGGUGCCGGGGUGGAGCCCUCGGCAGGGCCUUCGGCGGGGCCCUUGGGGCCUUCGUUGGGGCCCUCUGUGAGGCCCUCGUCGUGUUCAGCGGACAAAGGGGGCAAUAGCGCAGUGCCCCGGUGCUACGGGGAGCUGAGACGCUGGCGCCACGGCUCCUACACUCUCAUCCACGACCGCGACGCUCGGCACGCUCGCUACGCCCUUGACCUGCUGCUCUACUGCGGCUGCAGCGACUGGGAUUCGGACUGGGGAGGUUUCACGUCGUACGUAGCGAAAGACGAGGACGAGGAACUCCUGGCCGUGUUCCCGGAGAACAACUGCCUGGCGCUGGUGUACCGGGACCGUGACACCCUCAAGUUCGUGAAGCACGUCAACCACCGUAGCGUGGGCAGCAGCGCUGUGGCCAACGGCGGUGGCGACGAUGACGACACCGCCUUCUAUGACUUCUCCUUCGUCUACCAUGAGAAAUAAAAGCAGCAGCUGCCCCGGUGUUCUCUGUUUUUACUGUUAGUGGUGAAAAUUUUACUUUUAACAGGUAUUAAACGUCAAUCAAUUUGAAUGUUUACAUUGUGUUUUUUUAUUUUUUAUGGGAACAUAAAAUUGUUGAUGUAGAUGAACAUGUAAUACCCCAGGGGUAUGCCAGUACAAUGUAAACUGCAUGUUUAAACGUAAAACUGGAUCUGGUGAGGGGAGGGCUUAAUUUCUCACUGAAUAUUUUACAGUUCUCUGGCAAGACUGGAGAAGGCCUAAGGGGUUGGACUAGGCCUAAAUUAGGUGGAAAUACUUUUUUUCGGGUUAACCUGGCUAGACCCGGCUGGAAUUAAGCCAUGGGUGUGGGUUGUUGCCUGCACGCACGGCUGAGGUGAAGCUAAUGGGAGACCCACACCAACUAUGAGUCAAGGUGUUGAGGUGAAUAGGAGGGAGUGCGCUUGGAUGUAAUGGAGAUAGAUCCGUGGACCUGCCCUUGGCAGAGAAUUAAAAAAAGAAACGACAUUUUUACCCAAGGUUUAGCUUUGCACUUGAUCUGCAAAGUUGUCUAAAGUGGGAUUCAUGGCAUUCCCUGAUCCAUAGCAAAACGAUAUGUUACAUGAGUAUAGUGAGUAUUGGCAAGUCGUGCAUCGAGGUUUCGGGUAAAACUUUACAUUUGAGAAGAUGCUUCUGAUCUAUAUCGCCUUCCGUGCCUUGCAAUCCAUCCACACUUCACGAUGUUUAAAUUCCAUCUUACAGGUAUAGGCCUGAGAUGAUGGAAUGCCUGGUUUUUAUACAUUUCUGUGUUUAUUUUCAUUUGAACAAGAAUGUUAUGAGUCGUUGCUGUGAGAUGCCAUGGAGUAGAAUGUGUGUGAGUGCAGCCUGGAAGCUUUCCAGGACAGAAAGGACAGGUAAAAAAAUACAUUUCGAUUAUUAAACAAAUCAUACCCACGAGAGGAUAAUUUUUAAGUCUCUUAUUGUGGGUUAAUCAUUAACGGAUAAGAUAUAUCCACUGUUGGAUGGGCCUUCCAAUGUCAAUGCCGUAGUUCGUGCUCUUGUGAUGAGAUGAGCCGUUUAGUUCAUCCUUCCCCACUCCAGUUAGCACGGUUGGCUAUGUACGGUGUGAAAGAAUUUCAACAAAUGAGCGGAUCUCAUUGCUCCGUCUCCACAGUGGUCACCCUAUCGGGAAUGUCUCCAUCGCCUACCACUGUCAGUCUCAAGCACCGGCUGUCAUCUCUUACAGCAAUGUGUCUCAGCAAUGCGUGUCUUGUCCAAGAACCUUGUUACCAACAGAGAACACGAUGUGUCUGUCUUUGAA